AUGGUGGUGGGCGCGUUCCCUAUGGCGAAGCUGCUAUACUUGGGCAUCCGGCAGGUCAGCAAGCCGCUUGCCAACCGCAUUAAGGAGGCCGCCCGCCGAAGCGAGUUCUUCAAGACCUAUAUCUGCCUCCCGCCGGCCCAGCUGUACCACUGGGUGGAGAUGCGGACCAAGAUGCGCAUCAUGGGCUUCCGGGGCACGGUCAUCAAGCCGCUGAAUGAGGAGGCGGCCGCCGAGCUGGGCGCCGAGCUGCUGGGCGAGGCCACCAUUUUCAUCGUGGGCGGCAGCUGCCUGGUGCUGGAGUACUGGCGCCACCAGACGCAGCAGCGGCGCAAGGAGGAGGAGCAGCGCGCCGCCUGGGACGCCAUGCGGGACGAGGUGGGCCACCUGGCUCUGGCGCUCGAGGCCCUGCAGGCGCAGGUGCAGGCGGCGCCGCCAAAGGGCGCCCUGGAGGAGCUGCAGGCGCAGAUGCGAGAGGUGCGCACCCAGCUCUGCAUCCAGGACCUGCCACCGGCGCCCCAGGCAGAGCCCACACCAGAGGAUGCGGGGCCGCCAGACCCAGGUCUCAGACAAGACUGA